AUGUCUAGCACGCCCACUCAGCCCUUCGUGGGACAUCCAGAUCGCGUCAGCCCGCGUGAACAUGAUGUUCUCGCACUCGAUGCCGUCUUCACUUUUCUAUCCACGAUCUCUGUCAUCGUUCGCUUCAUCACGCGGAGAUACUCCUCCGAAAUGAAGGUGUGGUGGGAUGACUGGAUGAUUCUGGUGGCCUGGUGUGCCGCUCUCGCAUUCUUAGUCCUGGGCGUGGUGGAUAGAACGAUCGGUGGUGCGGGCUAUCACAUUGAUACCUACAGCCGGGAACAGCUCACGACCUUCUUCCAAUUGUCCCUCUCCGUGACGGUGGUGUACAACAUCAGCAUUACGUUUUCGAAAGCAUCGGUAUUGUUCUUAUACGAGCGCAUCUUUUCGGUCUACAAUCGACUACGUCUCUGGAUACGAAUCAUGCUGUGUAUCCUCCCUGCGUACCUCCUCUCCGCCUCGUUCGGUCUGAUCUUCACAACCAAUCCCGUGCAGGCCCAAUGGAAGUACUGGAUUCCACACACUACUAUUGACAAACUGCCCUUCUAUAUUGUGACUGGCGUUGCAAAUCUGCUCUUGGAUAUCGUGAUCCUGAGCCUGCCUCAGACCAUAGUAUGGAAGCUCCACCAGUCGUUGAAAACGAGGAUCUCAAUUGCUACAGUUUUCCUGCUUGGGGGCUUCGUGUGUAUUUCAAGUAUUGUGAGAAUCACGGCCCUUACGACCAUCAAAACGAACGACUUGAUGUUCAGCUUCCACAAUUCUACGAUUUGGACCUUGGUCGAAAUGAACCUGUCCAUAAUCUGUGCCUGUUUACCGGUAAUGCCCAAAACAAUCAAAUUAUGCAAGCAAAAGUAUGGGCAGUCGACCUCCAAGUUAAACAGCUCCCAAGCACGCGGAGAAAACGAUUAUUGGCGCUCUGCAGAUUCGAGGAACAAGAAAUCCCCAUCUGCGACCGCCGUUUCAUCGUUUUCCUCCCAGGGGUAUCGGGUGUUGCCCGGUUCUAAUGGGAUCGCUGAAGGUGCCCAAUUAGCCACUCUACCACCAGCACAUCUGAAGCACAACUACGAGAUGACUGAGGUGUAG